GUUAACAAAUGUCAACAAGGACAAAGGUUAAAUCAGUGUUUAUUUAUGUAUAGAUAAUAACAUUAAUAAUAUAGAGUGACACAUAUUCAGGGCGUAUGAUCAUAUACAAAGUGUUUGUUUAAGAUGUAAUUUAAAUUGUUGAAAUUAUAAGUAUAGAUAAGUGAAUUGCAGUGCUACAAAUGUGAUAGAUAUGGAGGAAUUAUUAAUAAUUGUUGAGAGUUUAUUAAAAUCUGAAGGUAAGGAAGAAACAGGUUUACAAGGGGAGUUCUAUAAAAAGUUCUGUAAAUUUAAAUGCACCGAGAAAAACGAAGAAGCAUACUUAACCGAAUAUGUCUUUCCCAAAGUGCAACUAUUAUGUGACAAACAAAUUCUCCGGAAAGAUAUUAUUUACCUAACUCUUAUAACGUACAACAAUUUAGAUGUUUUAGAAAAGUGCAUCGGAUAUGAUAAAUCAAUAUUUCAACUAAAUAUAGCAGACCCAAGUUCGUUAUAUGACUACACUAUUUUUAAAAAACGACACUGGUUUUAUGAGGUUUUCAUUAAUUAUGACAGAGUUAAAGAAAUUUUUAACAAAAACAUCUUCAAUAAGAUCUUGGCCUUAAAAAUAAUUGAGGUAACGAAUGUUCCGGAAAUAUCAAUCGAACUAACAAAACUAUUAUUGGAAAAUGUGGAAACAACAGAUAUAGAUCCUUUUUGGAACAACUACAUCAAAGAGAUUGGGCGUAUUAUAAAAAUGACCGAUUUUUGUAGAGAAAGGAUGCAUAGUGUUGAUGCUAAUGAAAUUUUCUUUUACAUGAGUGAGAAUUUUGCUUUGGAAACUUUUUCGAAAUUUAUGGACAUUAAAAAAAUGGAAUGGAAUGAGAUAUUAAACAAAAUAUAUGAAGAAGAAGAACUACAUCCAAAUGGUAGAAAUGUACAAUCACAACAAUUUUUAGCAUUUUAUGUUUUAGGAAGCAUUUUUAAAAUAGUACUCCUUAAUGAAGAUGACACAAAAUUGAAUGUUAAUGAAAUACUAGAAGAUAUAAAAUCAAAAAUAUUCUCUCUUGAAAGUAAAUCAUUGCAAAUCGAAGUGUUAGAAAAUAUAUUUGCUAUACUAUUUCUCAAAACAAGUCACAUACUUCAAAAUCGAUCUGAGGAAAAAUUCAUCUGCAGAGAAAAACAAAUUAGACUGAUUUUAUAUUUCAUAAAAAUGGUCUUUGAUGAUAUUAAGUUAAAAAAUUUGUACAACAAAGAAUCAGAGGAGUAUUUUAAAUUCAACAAUUUAAAUAAAUUUGUUACCGAUGCGAUUUGGAGGACAGAAUUAAUAGAAGACAUAAAAGAACCUGUGAAGUGCGAAACGAAUCUGUUAAAAUAUAUGCUGGCAACACCACAGUCGUUGAUACAAAUGUGUCUGAAGCGUGGCGAUUUUAAGAGAGCUUAUCAAGUGAUAGAGAUAUUCGCUCUUAAAGAAACUAUUAUAUUCUCUGAAGUAGAAUAUUUAGAAAAGCUGCAAAUUCUAAGAAAAGAUUUGAAAAGAGCCUUCAAAAUAUGGGAAAUUCAAAAAGUUAAUCCCAAUAAAUUAUUGACCACGAUAGAACCCGACGUGACCGAAACCGUAAUGAUGUUUUUUAAAGACAACCCUAUUCCCUACGAUCCUGAAACGGAGCAACUCGUUACUAACUUAAGCGAGCAGAAACAAUUUUUUUCUCACUUCAGAUAUGAACACGAAAUGUUCAUGAACAUGUUGGACUUGGCCAUUACCCAGUCAAAACAUUUCGAGCAUUGCGCGAAUUUGAUCCAUCUAGCGUUUGACAACGAUAAUUUAGACAGAAACAUUCAUAGUAACUAUAACAAAUUUUGCACCAAACUGUUUGCAUCAUGGAAAGAAAUAGGGUACGAGAAAAACUUAACGCCUUUGGACAUUAUAAUAUCACCACAUCACUAUCUCGAUCUUAAUAAAUAUAAGAAAGAGGAACAGUUCUACGUAAAUUUAGCAGAACUUUACGAAGAAUUCUACCGGAACUUAAAUGUUGAUGAAAGUGGAGUUUUAAACAGUAACCAUCCUAGUCACAAGUCGCUGUUGAAGUUAAAUUCGCUGUGCAACGAAUUCGUGGAGUGGAACCAAAACCGUAAGGACAACACCAAAUAUAUCGCCAAGUUAUACAACUACCUGAAAGCUUUCUCAAAGAUCCUAUACAUAGAACAAAACUCCUCCGACAUUGUAUCCCGAGGCAAAAAUACUUCAUACUUCAACCUUCUGUACCACAAUCGCUCAGAACUGACGGGAAAACUUCUGUUUGAAAGAAACCUAGACCCGAGCGAAUUCGAAAAGUACUUCGGAAAAUUGAAAUUAGACUAUUUGUACCACGUCAUAGGCAACUGUUUCCCAACGAUUAACCUACACUCAGAAGAAAACGUCACGAAAGAAGAGUUAUAUCCUGAAAACAGCCUAUACGUGCCAAGCAAAAGCAUCAUAACUUAUAUUCAGAAGAGGAACUGGCUUCUGGCCUUCAUUUUAAGCGAAAUGUACAAACUGGAAGACGUAAAAAUAGACAUAAGCGAAGUCAGAGUGAGACCGUUUUUAAACUAUAUGAAAUUACCCAAGAUUCAGUGCCUGAAGGCGUUGUUUGAGAACAACGAGAUCGUGACAGCGCUACAAAACGAGAUAAGCACCCAGAAAGUGUCCCAGUACGUUAAUACGAAGAUUUUAAAAAACGACUACUUGACUUCGUCCCAGUACAGUCAGGCCUCGAACGACAGCUUUGAAGCUGCCCAAGAAAUAUUGGAAGACGCGAUCAAAACUACCAACUGGAAGGAACCGUACGAUAUCGUCGAUAGUAUUCCAGUAAAUCAACUGAGAAAGUCGCCGGUUCUUAUCGAAUUGAAAGAUAUGAUACUCGUUAACUUAGUGCAGGAUAGAUUUGAGAUCGAUUACUUCCGAUACGUUCAGUUUAUUAGCGAUGCAGAUCUGAGAAUAACUACCAUCUUGCAUAACAUGAGACAGUGGCCAGGCGGAUUUUGUAUAGACGUGAUAAAAUCAGAGAUUACCAAAUUCGAGACAGUCCAGAAUGCUAAACUCGGCGAAUUGAAAUCGUGGUUACGACAAAUAGAAUUGUGUGAGGAGUUACGAAACAUUCUAGACGUACCGAGCUGGUCGAAAGCCUUUGAAAUUUGCAAAGAUAGACCUAACGAAGUUAUUUCAAAACUACUGUUGUGCGAUAAAAUCCACACGCUGCUAGAAUUCACCCACCUCCAUAAACCCAACGAAGAUCUCUUGUUAGAAAUCAACGAGAAUUAUUUUAUGACAAUUUUUGAAUCGGCCGACUCGUACGAGCCGAUCAGAGUAUUGCUAGACAGCCUCCCGUACAACCAUUCCAUAAAAACCUGUUACAACUUGCUAAAGUUUUUGAAAAAUCUGGAGAGUCUGCAGUUCAUAACCGACUACCUACUAAACAACGUUAACGACGACAUGUUGAAAAAUGUUCAAAUCAGCCUGAAAAUGUUGUCAGCAUUCAGGCAAUCCGAACAGGACCAGCUGCUCUGUCUCAUAUACGAACCGUUAAAUAUCGUCGAGAUAUUAAUAAUGAAUGUGAAACUAGACAAACUGUCGGCUGUGCUCGAUGUCGUAAAAUCGGAAAUACAACACGCCGAGUUCAGCGAAAACCAGUUAUCCGCUGAAAAAAUUGAUGAGGUGUUGAGAGGUUACGCGGAGAAGAGCCUCGAUUUUCGCGUGAUAACUCAGCCUAAUCCCAGGCUACUAAGAACGCCAGAGUGUAAGCUGAUGCAAUCCAUCGAUUCCUUGAGUUUGUGCGCGGAGAACAGAGGUUUCGUUAUGCCCGAAGUAGUACCUUUGAAGGAUGAGUGGGUGCCGAAUAGCGAAGUGUUGGAAUGCAUGUGCUGUCACAAAAUUACUUUUUCUAUGUUCAACCGGCGCCACCACUGCAGGAGGUGCGGUAGAGUCGUUUGUUAUAGUUGUUCGACGCACAGGAUGCUCGUACCAACUUAUGAGGAUAUCUUGGUGCGUGUCUGUAGGGACUGUUACCGACAAACAAUGGGCGACAGCACUACAUCGGAAUUUACCGACACCGCUUCGACGAAGUCGUUGAUGUACGAAUAUUGGUUUCUUACCGAUGAUUCUGAACAUAACAAAAUCGUCCGUGAGGAAUUUUCCUAUGAACACGCACCCAGCGUGUCUCUCUGUCUCUCUAUAAUGAAGUACCAUUCCAAAAGUGUUGAGUACCCAAAGUUUCUAUUGGAUCAGUGCGACGUCAUGCUGAAGCUGCUGCAACCCAGCCAGGAGCCGAUCCAAGAAAUCGACUAUCUCCUCGUGAUAAAGAUGCUAAAGUCUCUCGCUGUUGCCGCGAAAAUGAUUUCAGUGGAAUGUUCCCUCCAUCACGGCACCUCUUCAGCGGAUCGGAUACUAUCCCAAGCUGAACUUUUGGGACUUUUAGCCGAGAGGGGAUGUUUAAGCCUUUUGCCUGUGUCGAGCACCCAGAGGGGCACCUUCAUAGACGCGUCCAUUCUCAGGAAGCUGAGGGACAGGCUGUUGGAGAGGGAACAGUGGAAUCUCGCUCUAGAAGUGUCUACUAAAGCCGGACUAGACAUUACGGGUGUCUUCACAGCUUGGGGUAAAAGUUGUUUGAAAGCGGGAAGCUUGACAUUGGCCAGAGAGAAAUUUCAAAGGUGCCUGGAUAAAACCGGUCACUACGAGAGCGUAUCGGAGACAAACUCACAAAGCGACUUCGAUACUAGUCAAGACAGCUUCAGCAGAGGGAGGAAUAUAUCCAAAGCUACGAGUUUGGGUGUCGUUUUCGAGGUGAAGCCGUCCAAAAAUCCCCCUUUGCUCAACGAAAUCGUGUACAUCUUGGAAUCGAAGACGAUACCUAUCAAUCCGGAUGUGAUUAAGACGAUGGAGAACCAAUCGCUGACCGGUUCGAUGUUGUCCUUGAACCAACAGUUGGGAAUGGUCUCUCAAGCGGACACGGCUAUUUGCAUCAUGAACAAGUUGAAGAACUUGAAGAAUAUCGCCGGGGGGAAUUAUUAUCAGGUGGUGGAGAACGACGGACUGAAAUUGCACUGUAACCCGCCUUCUAUAGACAGCAUUUUUUACGACGAGUGCGUUUACUACCUAAGCAAGUACGGCACCCACCAGAGUUUGUUGGAGUUCUACAUCAAACACGGCGACAUCUCUAAAGCGUUGAAUUACAUCGUCGACGGUCAGCUGAGCACCGAUAUUUUCAUCGACAUCUACAUGAGGUGUUUAAAAGACGGGGUCAUAAACGUCUUGCAGGAACACAUGUCGAGGAUAGACUCUACUCUAAACCUGUGGAAAGACUAUCUCCAGAGUAUAUGCAGGCACCUAGAGAAGCACAACAUGCUGCACUCUUUGUACCAGCUGCAGCAGUUCAUGGGUGACUUUAUACGGGCAGCUAUGACCUGCAUCCGUUUCUAUCAGGAUAAUGCGAAGUGUUUCACGGAUCUCUCCGCCAACGUGAAUUUCCUGCAUAAAGCCGAGGGGCACUUGAAGGAGGUCUUGGUGCAGGAUCAGUGGGUGGAAGUAGCCUCAGUACGCAAGCAGAGCGUCGAUUCGGGAGGCAGCUACGAAGAGAAGAGCCUGACGAACCCUUCCUUGGUGAUGAAAAUGAGCCCGAAGGACAUUAACAAGAACAUCGACACGAUCUGGGGGCAAACGGAAGUGGUCGCGUUCCUGGCGGGAUGCGAGGGUUCGGGCGUGAAACCCAUGGAAGUUUUAAGGAAAAUCUUGCAAAUCGGAGAGUCGUCGCAGUUGGGCGAGAAAGACGAAAAGAUCCCUACACUCUUUGGGUCGGCGCAGGAAAAAAUGCAGUUGGCUGUGCUGGCAAUAAUUUGUGGGAGGAACGUUGAGGAUGGAUUUAACAUCGCCCUCGGCAUCAUCCAAGACUUUAAAUUAAAACCGGCGAAAGUGUACUGCGAAGCGGGUAAACAGUUAGCGAAAUCGGAGCGAUACAGCGGCAUCGGUCAGCUGGUGAGCUGCAUAAAACACAGCGGUACUAGCGACGUCGCCGUCACUGACAUGUGCGACGAAAUGUUAACCCUGGCCGUUGCGACUUUCACCAAGGCGAACGUUUCCGGGACCAAAGUAGAGGAUUUGAUUAAGCUCAUCUCCGACCGUGGGACGAAGAUAUCUGCGUACAUAGAAGCGAAACAGCUGAAAACUGCGUAUUUCCUCGCUGUGAAAUACAAACGUAUGUCGGAUAUAAGGAGGAUUUUGAGGGAAGCGGAACUGUUGAACCAACCUGGUAUCAAAGCUCUCUGCCAGAAGGUUUUGCUAUCCCAUUCGCACGCUCCGACACAUUAAAACAAAAGAUUGAACCGAUAUAUUUGUAUUUUUUCGACGUAGCCCAAAGAUUUUCUUAAAUAUUAGUUAUACUUGUUUUGUAAGGAAAAAAAUGUGCUGUGGACCAGGCUGUGAAGUAAUGCUGACUGUUUGUAAAAGGAAAUUUUAAUUAUGUGCAAAACGUUAUGUUUUUGUUAUAUUUAUUGAUGUUAUCGAAAAAUAUGUGUCGUUUUUCAGAUUUAGUAGUCAGUAUUUUGAAAGCGAAGCGGAACGUUUUUUUAUAGCCCGACUGAAGUGUAUCGUAUACACCCCUAGACAAAAGUAAUGCACCUUGCGCCCUGACCUCAGUGUUGUCUCGUAAACGGCCAUUCUGAUUUUGACGAUCUUUUUUUGAGUUACAAGUUUAUUUCUCGGUAACAGCACAGAUUUAAAAAAAUGUUUAUUGAAAUUAACUAAUUUGUUUGCAUGUACAAGAAUUUUUCUCUCUCGGAAAUUGAAACACCCUGUAGGGUGCGCCAGCGAAAAUCAUUAAUGAUUACUUGAUUCAAGCUGCAGUUCCAUCUUUUCCUGAUAUUACUUUUUGUUUUCAAGCGUUAUCUCUGUUAUUAAUUGAGAUACAUAGUAGAAUUAAUCGGCGCCAGUUUAUUCUAAAAAUUUAAAAACAACACGAGAUGGUAAUAAAAAUUUAAAAAAACGCAGUGAUAAUAUGGGUAGAUAAGAUAAAAACCGUCAAUCCUUACACGCUUCCUUUGACUUAACUGAAAUUAUGACGAGAAAUAUUGAACGACAUUAAGAGGGUUGUAUAGGAAAUAGGCAACCAGCAAUACAUUUUAUGGAUUUUAUUACACAGUUU